GCCGCCGUCCCUGCUUCCUCCACACUGAUCACAAUGCCGUAUUGUCUGCGUGAGAUCAUAGUGGCGGCGGUUUGUGCUGUACCCGCAUUCAGUCUGGCAUUGGUUGGAUCAAUGGAAAGUGGUGUGAUGGUGGGCCAGGUGGGCGUGGAUGUAGGCUUGGCUGUGGGUCAGGUGGUGGAGCACCAUCUCACUGGCUGUCACCUGGUACUCAUCACCACUACCCGUCACUCACUCGUCACCUCCAACAUACUCAGGUUCGUGGAGACCAGGGUAGUCGUGGAUGUAGAUUCAUUUUUCUAUAGUCACCAUCGACCACCAUGGGAUAUCCUUUCCCUUGUGCCCAACGCAACGCUUCUCCCACCAAAAUCAUGGAAGCAGGGAUCAUCACAAGAACAACUCACACGAGAGAACCUCCUGCAGGAUCUGUGGGGGGACUCAAGAACCACCUGCCAGGGACUUAUUCUCGACCUCACGUUCAUCAGCAGUACCACUCACCUUGCCCUCAGGUUUCAUCAGCUACUUAAAGUACCCUUUUAUCACAACAUUACGGUUGGUGGAGAUGUCUGGACUGUGGCGGCUGCCGUAGACGGUGGUGAUAGCCAUAGGUGGGAGGGCGGGGGUGAGGGCCGUGCUCCUCCACCACAGUCCUCCGCAACACUGUCCACGCCCUCCACCUCGCCCUUCACCACGCCUCGCUCCACGCCCUCUACCUCGCCCUCCACCACGCCUCCCACCAUAGCCUUUCACCACACCAUGCAUCCAUCCUCAGGAAGUUCCGCACCCAGGAAG